AUGGAUCGGCCACAGCCAACAUCAUUGCACAACUUUGAUCGGCCAAGCUCAAGCUUCUCGCAUGGUUAUGAUCAAUACCCAGAUGAGACUGAAUCUUUCUCUGGCAAUGCUCCUCCGCCAGACACCCUGAUGGACCAAAGCACUCAGCCACACAUUCCAGUCACUCCCUCUUUUCAUCAUCACACUUCCUCCAUACCUGAUUAUGAGGAAUCGUACAUGUAUUAUAACGCAAAUGAGCCACCCAUGCAGGAGCCGGUCCCCCGCACAAGUACAGCAGGAUCUCAACCCAAGAUCACGACAGAGUGGAUAGAACCCAUGACUAUAAACCAUUCAUUUAGUCCCAAAAGUCCUAAACGAUCAUCAUCGCCCAUCGAGUAUGGCUUUAUUAUGGAGGAUCCUACGAAUCCUCAGCGUUGUGCAAAGAGGGCACGCUCUAGAUCCGAACUGGACAAGCAGAAAGAGGACAUUCGACAGUUGAGAGACAAUGGUGGUGCUUGUACACGGUGUUACAAAAGUAAGAAAAAAUGCAGCACCUCGACUCCCUGUGACCCCUGUCUUGCCAGUAGGGCCAAAUGCAUUCGCAGAGAGACUCGGAGCCUUCUACCACGAAAUAAACGGUCUUAUACUUCGGAUGUGGAGGUGUCCAGCUCUCCGUCCGUGGAUCCGGACGUGGUCGAUGGUAUGCUUGAUGCUACACCAUGGGAGCUCGCGGGGUCAAUUGAUGGAACAGACUGUGACCUUGAUGCGGAUUGUGACUUUGAUACAGGCAUAUAA